AUGGCUGCAGCCCAGUCGCUCUCUCACCGCGCACUGGCAUCAGCCCCCCAAUUGCAUAUCGCAGCGCAGGCAGUCAAGGACCCGCCGCCUUUCCACAAUCAGCCGCCCUUCCCCCCUACACUCUUCCCAAGCCCUCCUGGGACAGCUUUAGGCGCUCGGUGCCCCCCCCAUUGGGUUGUCAAAUCAUUGCCAGCUGGCGCGCCCCAAGCUGAACACCAGUCUCUUGAUAAGUAUCCUCCAACAGCAGACUUCUCUGUAUCAAACACCACAGAUCUGCCGCCGUUGAUUCAGUCACCUACCAGGCAAUCGAUCCUUUGGCAAGAGGUGGACUCUUUGGAUGCUGCUCAGAAGUACGGGGGAUCGAUCUGGGAUCAGGAACCAGAGGGGGGGGAGGGGGAGAGACCAUGUGUGACGGUCCAGCCAAGCACAGGGGACAGCAAAGCAGCCUCGGAGGAUGUUGAGUGGCCCAACCUCCAGGUGCACCCCAUGCCUAGUUACAGCCCCGCCAGCUGGCACCCUGUCCAGCCCAUGCAUCAGGAGUCGGCCCAGAGCUGCAUGAGCAACGCCAGUCUGGCCGCGGUGCUGUCGCCCCCCUGGCGCAUGAUGCUCCUCAGCGACGGGUCGGUGACGCGCCACCUGCAGCUCCUCACGGCGACCAAGACCCGCGCCGACUGUUUCGAGAUGCGUGACAUCGGGCACUCGCUCGAGGGCCUGCCCAGCGGGGCGGAGCUCAUCCAAGCGCCACGUGUCCAAAGACAGGUUUUCUUGGAGAACGGCCAAGGCGAGCGGCUGGUGUACGCGGCGUCCUGGUGGGCGGCUUCGGACGUCGGUACGUACCUUUCGGACGUCCACGCGCCGAUCUGGACGAACCUGAUGGCCGCCAAGGCGCCGCUCCACCGGAGCAUCUCGUGCGUCUAUCUGGGCUACUCGCCCGACCUCGAAAGAGAGUUCGGCAUGCGCGGCCCCUUUUGGGCUCGUCACUAUACGUUUUACGUCGAAGGGCGCCCGCUGACGCUCAUCUACGAGGUCUUUUCCAACGCGCUGCAGAAGUACCUGGGACCAGUCGCGCAACCGGUUGGCAAGAUUUGA